AGGUGGUUGUGGGUAGCGCGCCUGGGAGGGAGAAAGAAGUCGGGGGCCGGCGCGCGCCGCCCGCGGGGCCUGAAGGGAUGUUCGAGGACGAGUCCCACGCUGAGGGGGCGGCGGUGGUCGCCGCAGCUGGGGAGGCGCUACAGGCCCUGUGCCAGGAGCUGAACCUGGACGAGGGGAGCGCGGCCGAAGCCCUGGACGACUUUACUGCCAUCCGAGGCAACUACAGCCUGGAGGGAGAAGUUACACACUGGUUGGCAUGUUCAUUAUACGUUGCAUGCCGCAAAAGCAUUAUUCCCACGGUUGGAAAGGGUAUCAUGGAAGGCAACUGUGUUUCACUUACCAGAAUACUACGUUCAGCUAAAUUAAGAUUCAAGCAAUCCUCCCACCUCACCCUCCCAAGUAGCUGGGACUACAGUUUAAUACAAUUUUUUAGUAAAAUGAAGAAGUGGAUGGACAUGUCAAAUCUACCACAAGAAUUUCGUGAACGUAUAGAAAGGCUAGAGAGAAAUUUUGAGGUGUCUACUGUAAUAUUCAAAAAAUAUGAGCCAAUUUUUUUAGAUAUAUUUCAAAAUCCAUAUGAAGAACCACCAAAGUUACCGCGAAGCCGGAAGCAGAGGAGGAUUCCUUGCAGUGUUAAGGAUCUGUUUAAUUUCUGUUGGACACUUUUUGUUUAUACUAAGGGUAAUUUUCGGAUGAUUGGGGAUGACUUAGUAAACUCUUAUCAUUUACUUCUAUGCUGCUUGGAUCUGAUUUUUGCCAAUGCGAUUAUGUGCCCAAAUAGACAAGACUUGCUAAAUCCAUCGUUUAAAGGUUUACCAUCUGAUUUUCAUACUGCUAACUUUAGGGCUUCUGAAGAGCCGCCCUGCAUCAUUGCUGUACUGUGUGAACUGCAUGAUGGACUUCUAGUAGAAGCAAAAGGAAUAAAGGAGCACUACUUUAAGCCAUAUAUUUCAAAACUCUUUGACAGGAAGAUAUUAAAAGGAGAAUGCCUCCUGGACCUUUCAAGUUUUACUGAUAAUAGCAAAGCAGUGAAUAAGGAGUAUGAAGAGUAUGUUCUAACUGUUGGUGAUUUUGAUGAGAGGAUCUUUUUGGGGGCAGAUGCAGAAGAGGAAAUUGGAACACCUCGAAAGUUCACUGGUGACACCCCAUUAGGGAAACUGACCACACAGGCUAAUGUGGAGUAUAACCUUCAACAACACUUUGAAAAAAAAAGGUCAUUUGCACCUUCUACCCCUCUGACAGGACAGAGAUAUUUACGAGAAAAAGAAGCCGUUAUUACUCCUGUUGCAUCAGCCACCCAAAGUGUCAGCCGGUUACAGAGUAUUGUGGCUGGUCUGAAAAAUGCCCCAAGUGACCAACUUACAAAUAUUUUUGAAUCUUGUGUGCGUAAUCCUAUGGAAAACAUUAUGAAAAUACUAAAAGGAAUGGGAGAGACUUUCUGCCAACACUAUACUCAAUCAACAGAUGAACAGCCAGGAUCUCACAUAGACUUUGCUGUAAACAGACUAAAGCUGGCAGAAAUUUUGUAUUAUAAAAUACUAGAGACCGUAAUGGUUCAGGAAACACGAAGACUUCAUGGAAUGGACAUGUCAGUUCUUUUAGAGCAAGAUAUAUUUCAUCAUUCCUUGAUGGCUUGUUGUUUGGAAAUUGUGCUCUUUGCCUAUAGCUCACCUCGUAGUUUUCCUUGGAUUAUUGAAGUUCUCAACUUGCAACCAUUUUACUUUUAUAAGGUUAUUGAGGUGGUGAUCCGCUCAGAAGAAGGGCUCUCAAGGGACAUGGUGAAACACCUGAACAGCAUUGAAGAACAGAUUUUGGAGAGUUUAGCAUGGAGUCACGAUUCUGCACUGUGGGAGGCUCUCCAGGUUUCUGCAAACAAAGUUCCUACCUGUGAAGAAGUUAUAUUCCCAAAUAACUUUGAAACAGGAAAUGGAGGAAAUGUACAGGGACAUCUUCCCAUGAUGCCAAUGUCUCCUCUAAUGCACCCAAGAGUCAAGGAAGUUCGAACUGACAGUGGGAGUCUUCGAAGAGAUAUGCAACCAUUGUCUCCAAUUUCUGUCCAUGAACGCUACAGUUCUCCUACCGCAGGGAGUGCUAAGAGAAGACUCUUUGGAGAGGACCCCCCAAAGGAAAUGCUUAUGGGCAAGAUCAUAACAGAAGGAACAAAAUUGAAACUCGCUCCUUCUUCAAGCAUUACUGCUGAAAAUAUAUCAAUUUUACCUGGUCAAACUCUUCUAACAAUGGCCACAGCCCCAUUAACAGGAACAACAGGACAUAAAGUUAUGAUUCCAUCACAUGGUGUUGCAAAUGAUGCUGCAGAGAUCAAGCUGAUACCUAUUUCCAUGAAUACAAAUCAAGAGUCUAAAGUCAAGAGUCCUGUAUCACUUACUGCUCAUUCAUUAAUUGGUGCUUCUCCAAAACAGACCAGUCUGACUAAAGCACAAGAGGUACAUUCAACUGGAAUAAGCAGGCCAAAGAGAACUGGGUCCUUAGCACUAUUUUACAGAAAGGUCUAUCAUUUGGCAAGUGUACGCUUACGUGAUCUAUGUCUAAAACUGGAUGUUUCAAAUGAGUUACGAAGGAAGAUAUGGACGUGUUUUGAAUUCACUUUAGUUCACUGCCCUGAUCUAAUGAAAGACAGGCAUUUGGAUCAGCUCCUCCUUUGUGCCUUUUAUAUCAUGGCAAAGGUAACAAAAGAAGAAAGAACUUUUCAAGAAAUUAUGAAAAGUUACAGGAAUCAGCCCCAAGCUAAUAGUCACGUAUAUAGAAGUGUUCUGCUGAAAAGUAUUCCAAGAGAAUUUGUGGCAUAUAAUAAAAAUAUAAAUGAUGACUUUGAAAUGAUAGAUUGUGACUUGGAAGAUGCUACAAAAACACCUGACUGUUCCAGUGGACCAGUGAAAGAGGAAAGAGGUGAUCUUAUAAAAUUUUACAAUACAAUAUAUGUAGGAAGAGUGAAGUCGUUUGCACUGAAAUACGACUUGUCAAAUCAGGACCAUGUGAUGGAUGCUCCACCACUCUCUCCUUUUCCACAUAUUAAGCAACAGCCAGGCUCACCACGCCGCAUUUCCCAACAGCACUCCAUUUAUAUUUCCCCACACAAGAAUGGGUCAGGUCUUACACCAAGAAGCGCUCUGCUGUACAAGUUCAAUGGCAGCCCUUCUAAGAGUUUGAAAGAGAUCAACAACAUGAUAAGGCAAGGUGAGCAGAGAACCAAGAAGCGAGUAAUAGCCAUCGAUAGUGAUGCAGAAUCCCCUGCCAAACGUGUCUGUCAAGAAAAUGAUGAUGUUUUACUGAAACGACUACAGGAUGUUGUCAGUGAAAGAGCAAAUCAUUAAUGUUCUUGUUUCUAUGAUAAAAGCACUUUCAGAUUGUUCUGCAGAAAGUUAGAGCUCUGUCCUUCAAACCUUUUAGCCCUAUGGAUGGUAAAUAUUGCUGGAUUAUAAGAAAAAAAAUUGCACAAAAAUGUGCUUUUUAAAAUAUUUAUCCAAAAUCUAGUUGACAGAGAUGUAUUUUGAGUUGGAUUGGAAAGGAAUAUUUUAAGUGCCUUUUAAAAAUACUAAUAGUGGCCGGGCACGGUGGCUCAAGCCUGUAAUUCCAGCACUUUGGGAGGCCGAGACGGGUGGAUCGCGAGGUCAGGAGAUCGAGACCAACCU